UUCCCGUGCCCGUCCCCAGCCCCGCGGCGAAAUCAAAUGGGAGCCGAGCCCUGGCAGCCGAGUCAAAUGUCAGCGGCUCUGGGCUGCCUCAGGAUGUCGGCCCACGAUGGUCAUUUCCUGCGGGGAAGGAGCCAACAAGCCCACCCCGAGAUCCGCGCCGCUGCCGCUCGGCUUUGCCAGAACUGCCUGAGCCGCGGAGCAGAGAGGAUCCCCGAGCAGACCCUCAGCCAGCCCUCGGCUCUGCCGCCGCUACCAGGAUGGCUGAGACGACCACUGCCCCCCCUGAGACGCACACUCUCCAAAAUGAGUAUGGGGACUACCACAACUGGUCUGAGCUGUUCCACCUCCUGAACUAUACCUACACCUUCUGUGAGUUCAGCCUGGAUGAGAACGUCAAGCGGGUGAUCCUCUUCAUCCUUUACCUGAUCAUCUUCGUGGUGGGCUUGGUGGAAAACCUUCUUGUCAUCUGGGUCAACUGGCAGACACGGGGCAACAAGAGUUUGGUCAACCUCUACAUCAUCAACAUGGCCAUUGCUGACCUUGGGGUGAUGCUCUCACUCCCCAUCUGGAUGCUGGAGGUGAUGCUGGAUUACACCUGGCUCUGGGGCAGCUUCCUCUGCCGCUUCACACACUACUUCUACUUUGCCAACAUGUACGCCAGCAUCUUCUUCCUCACUGGCCUGAGCGUGGAUCGUUACGUGUCCCUGACCAGCUCCUCCCUCUUCUGGCGCAAGCACCAGCACCGCGCACGCCGCGUCAUCUGCACCUGCAGUUGGGUCCUGGCAGCAGCAAUUCCCUUCCUGGAGGUUGCUCACAUGCAGCUGGUCAACACCGGGGAGCCCAUCUGCAUCUUCAUGGCCCCCUUCGAGACCUACGACAAGUGGGCGCUGGCGGUCAGCUUGGCCACCACCACCAUCGGGUUCCUCAUCCCCUUCCCCAUCAUCGCCAUUUUCAACAUCCUGACGGCCAGGUUCAUCAAACGCACCAAGCCAGAGAGCAGGAAGCACUGUUUGCUCAUCUAUGCCUACAUCAUAGUGUUCCUCAUCAGCUGGCUGCCCUUCCACAUCAUGCUCACACUGCUCACCCUCGACGGCAACCAUAUCAUCCUCCACUGCACCUUUGCCCACUUCCUCUACUUCUUCUAUGACAUCAUAGACUGCUUCACCCUGCUCCACUGCGUCAUUAACCCAAUCCUCUACAACUUCCUGAGCAAGAACUUCCGCAGCAAGCUCAUCUCUGCUGUGGUUAAGUACAUCCCCAAAGACCAAGGCAGCCACAAAGGCGCAGACAAAUCCUCCUCCACCACGCAGCACUCCAUAGUCAUCACCAAAGACAACAACCCUCCCAAUUAAGGGAGAUCGGACUCUCCCACUCAUCACUGGCAAGUGGUUGGCAGGGGCAGCUCCCUGAGGUCAGGAAGGUUCUUUUCCCCGGUGAUAAGCAGACACUUUGCUUUAAACAACUCUUGGCUGGCCACCUUGUGUGCUCUGGAGGCAGGGCAGAGAGCCAAGUGUGAACUGAGCUGGUGUGGGGACCUACAGACAGCUUGCCUCUGAUGUGCUGCUCUGACAGAUCUAUUUAGCUCGAGGAAGAAUACAAGAAAAUGAUAUUUCCUGUUUUCCAAAAGAAACACCAUAAUAAAGCACAUUGCUUCGUCUGCUUGGAAAUCUGAACACAAACCCAGCCCCUGGACCUGACCCCGUUUCUCCCCAAGCCACGGGGCUGGGGCACACCAUCCAUUCACACAUUUUUCUGCAGCCCCUGAAUUCCUCUCCCCCUGCCUGGACCACUGUGCUGCAGAGGCGUCCGUGUUUCCACCCAUUCAUCCUGUGGACACCCAGCCCACUCCUCCCCAUGUCCCCUGAUGUUCCAAAACGGAGGCACCGCAUCCCUGAGGGGCUGAGCCUGACAGAGACCUGAGCUUUGAUGAGGGGAGGAACAACUCGAGACCAGUAACUUGCUGAGAUGCAUUUUGCAGACCCAGGAGUGGAAAUGUAAACAGGUGCAGAAACCCCCAGAGAUGGAGCACGGGCUGUGUAAGAAACAGGAGCACCCGGGGAAGGUUCAUCCCUGCCUGGAUUCUGCCAAGUCAUGAGCUGCAGGUCAAGCCCUUGGCAGGGGAAGGUGAAAGAGCCACAGUUACUGGAAGUGAGUCCAUAAAUCUACCAAAGGCCUUGAGCUGCUCAAGAAACACAUUUUUAAAAAAGCAAAGCGAAGCAAAUCUGGGGACAGGAUGCUGGCAGCAGAGAGAGGUGGGGGAGCAGGAUGUCCCGGGCUGCAGAGGAGCCCGUGGCCGGGGUUAGCAGGGAUGUUGGGUUAUUAGGGAUGGGCUGGGAACAUGCUGCUGUGUCCUGUGAUGGGAAACACUGAAUGCCUCUGGGCUCCUUGUGCACAGAGACAUCCCUCCUCACUGCUGGGGGACACCAGCACUGGCAGGAAAAGCUAAAUCCAUCUCUUACACAGAAGCAGUUUGUUCUGCAGGGAUCUCACGUCCUCCGGGACAGAACCUCAUUGCCUUCAUCCAGGACUCAGUACACAGCAAACCCAAGCAGCCCCAAACUGGCCAGUGAAGGGGAAGGUAGCUUCAUGCUGACACAACCCACAGCUCUGAUCCUGAACCUUCCCUGAGGCUUCCUACUGUUAAAAUCUGCCACUUCCAACAAGACACAGGAGAUAAAUGCACAGUAACGAGCCACUUGAGGUGUGACACAACCAGGACAGGAACAUAUUCAAUUUCAGGUUACUUAAACAUGUAAAUCUUGGUAUCUGACCUAUUAAAUGUGGUUUUUUAACUCU